AUGCACGCACCACCUAGUCACGCACACAACCAGAUGCCGCCCCAGCAGAGUGCUGGCUUCUUCAGCCCGCCACCACCUAACAACAUGCAUCAUCAGGGUCCUCCGCAGCAACAUCGCCACUCCGUCGCUGCCUAUCCCACUGGUAGUCCUGGAGGGCCGCCUACAAAGACGAAACUGACUGGCGUGGUGUUUGGAAGGGCUUUGGUGGAGGGGGAAAGGAGGGCUGAGGAGGAGCCGAGGAGGGAGGGAAAGGGGAGGAAGAAGGGGAGGGAAGGGGAGGGGAAGAAGAAGGAAGGGGAAGGAUGGUUAAGGAGGCUCAACAACUAG